UUUAAUGGCACAGCUCUUUGCUCUGAAGAAGGAUUCAAAAUGAUGAAUGAAGAUGCAGCUCAGAAGAGUGAUGGUGGGGAGAAGUAUAAUGGAAGUAAUCAGAGGAAGAAAAGACCCAAGAAGUCGGAUAGCAAUGCAAGCUUCCUUCGAGCUGCCAGAGCUGGCAAUCUGGACAAAGUAGUAGAAUAUCUAAAAGGAGGAAUAGAUAUCAAUACAUGCAAUCAGAAUGGACUUAAUGCCUUACACCUGGCUGCCAAAGAAGGCCAUGUAGGUUUGGUUCAGGAAUUGCUGGAAAGAGGAUCUGCAGUUGAUUCUGCAACAAAGCAGAAGGGAAAUACUGCACUACAUAUUGCUUCCUUGGCGGGACAGGCUGAAGUGGUCAAAGUUCUAGUUAAGGAAGGAGCUAAUAUUAAUGCACAGUCUCAGAAUGGCUUCACACCUCUCUACAUGGCAGCGCAGGAGAACCAUAUCGAUGUAGUAAAAUAUCUUUUGGAAAAUGGAGCCAAUCAGAGCACUGCUACUGAGGAUGGGUUCACUCCACUAGCAGUUGCAUUGCAGCAAGGACACAAUCAGGCAGUGGCUAUUCUUUUGGAGAAUGACACUAAGGGGAAAGUGCGACUGCCGGCACUGCAUAUUGCUGCCAGAAAAGAUGACACCAAAUCAGCAGCGCUUCUUCUCCAGAAUGAUCAUAAUGCAGAUGUUCAGUCUAAGAGUGGCUUCACACCUUUGCACAUAGCAGCACAUUAUGGAAAUGUUAAUGUAGCGACACUUCUACUCAACCGAGGAGCUGUUGUAGACUUCACAGCAAGGAAUGGAAUCACCCCACUGCAUGUGGCUUCCAAAAGAGGGAACACUAACAUGGUGAAGCUCUUGUUGGAUCGUGGAGGGCAGAUCGAUGCCAAAACCAGGGAUGGGCUGACACCACUGCAUUGUGCUGCACGAAGUGGACAUGACCAAGUUGUAGAGCUUCUCCUGGAACGAGGUGCCCCACUGCUUGCCAGGACCAAGAACAGGAGAAGUUCUUCUUCCAACUGCUCAACUUGA